AUGGACAACGACAAAAGUCAAGCGUCAUCCAUCAAUCGAUUGAAACGCCGGCAGGAAUGGUGGAAAAAACAUGCCAAGAAGGACGCUAGUCAAUCCAGUAAUCCCAUUCAAAAUUUGAACAGCGAAAAUAACGCCGCUGCGGAAAUCAAGCCUCCUUUAAAGAAUAAAUCAUCCAAACGUUUUAUCCUUUUCUUAGGUAAUUUAAGUUAUUCUACCACCGACGAAGAUAUCUUAAAGCAUUUUAAAAAAUGUGGUCAUAAUUUACAAGUACGAUUGUUAACCAAAAAGGAUGGUAGUCCAAGAGGAUGUGCAUUUCUUGAAGCCUUCAGAUAUGCUGAUUACCAGAAAGCGCUAAAGUAUCACCAUACGUCAUUAAACGAACGCAAAAUAAAUGUUGAAGUUACAUGUGGUGGUGGCGGCAUAUAUAUUGGUAUGUUACGACAAGCUUUGAAAUUGGAAAUGUCUGUUAAUUCUUACAAUAAAAUACAAAUAUAG